AUGCUUGGCCUAACGGCAUAUGCAAGCAGCAGCGAAGAUGAAGCCGAAAGCAGCCCUUCAUUAACAUUACAAAAGAUCACUCAACCAGCGAAUUUUUCAGCAGAUACAGCGGCUCAGAUUACAGAAAACGGACCAUUUGUUUUUCAAGAACCUAUUCCAACAGCUACCGCUGCUAGCAUCGAAGAAGACGAUAUACCUCUAAUUGGGCCCUUUCAGCCCUCUCAGCUCCCCUCUCCCACAAAUGAUAAUAACAUCGUGCCCCAACUGCUAUCUCGUAAAUCCUCCCCAUUCUCCACCAACCGCGCCCUACUCCGCGACAUGACCCUCCCCCCGGUUCCCAAUCUCGACAUUCCCCCUUCACCGCCAGUCUCCCCAAAUCCAACUGCAAACCAGAAAUUUGCCCAUUUCCUCUCUAUAAAAAGACAGGGCGUCCAUUUUAACGAGAAGCUUGCCAACUCCUCCUCCUUACGAAAUCCUAGCUUACUCACCAAAUUAAUGGAACACGCUGGUAUCGAUGCACAGGCGCAGUAUGCCACAUCCCUGCCGAAAGAGCUGUGGGACCCCGUCGGGAUGCUUCCGCCAUGGGGGUAUAAGGAGGAGUUGCUGAAAAACCAGCAGGAGAUACGACGGAAGAUUGAGGAGAAGAAAGCCUUGGGACCAAGGGAAGCUAUAGAAUUUGUGUCUGGUAGCGGAAGGGUCGGGGCCAGUUUGUCGGGGGAUUCGAGUCUGGAAGGGACAACGUCCAGUGCAAAGGCGAAGCCCAGUGCUGCCGAAAGGGUAAUGGCGGGGCUCAGUAGGGAGAGAACGAGCUCACCGAUGAAUACCGACAGGGAUCGCGGAAAGAGGACGACAGAUUUAGAGCGGCGGCCGAGGAGGAAACGAUCGCGGUCUAGAUAA